AUGUCCAAGCUCGUCUGGUGGCCCUUCAUCAUCGCUUAUGUUUCUUCAAUCGUGUCGGGGCAACCUUCGGUCGACGCGCCGUAUACCGUCACCAAAGGCGAGACCACGACAUUGGGCUGGUCAGGCGAAUCUGAGUCUUUAAAAAUUCCGUCUCAUCGCGCUUCGACACUGAUUGUAUUUGAGCAGUCUAUUGUCGUCGGAGAUGAUCCAUCCGCUUCCCCUCUCGUUGAACUUGGGUCGACGAGCGAGCGAGCUCUCCAAUACCAGUGGCCACUAAACCCCAAAGAUAACGACACCCGAGUUGCAGCAGCAGUACAUGAUGGCAAUGGAGAAGGGGCUCGAUCUGCGCCUGUCCCUGUUAUUGCCUGA